AUGAAACUAACUGUCAGGGAGAACCAGAAUGCGGUAUUCCAGUGUUCCGCGACCGGAAAUCCACGACCAACGAUCACGUGGUCACAGGCCCAUGGGUCUGGCUUGUCGGAUAGCCUCCAAUUUGAGCCAAAUGGAAAACUGGUGGUGCGUAAGGUGACUCUUGCAGACUCUGGAAGAUACAUCUGUGCUGCAAGGAGUGCACUUGGUUCGGCAAACAUCUCCGCUAGUCUGCAGGUUGAAGGUAAAAGGAAGAUAACCAUUGAAAGUCUGGUAGUGUAAUGUCUGUUUUAUUGGUCUUAAUUAUGACAUUGCACUCCUUGUUUCAUGAAUAAAGAAUCCAAUCUGAGAAUAAAGAAUAAAGAAUCCAAUCUGGUAAUUGCAAUUUAGCUGACGCUAUUUAUCUUGAUUAAAUUAUAAAUACUUUUGUUUAUUUAGCUCCUCCUCGCAUUCAGCUAGCCCCAGGUCCCACUCAUGCUAAAGCAGGACAAAACAUCAGGCUCCCGAAAUGCCAUGUGACUGGAUUUCCCGCACCUGCUGUGACCUGGAGAAAGUUAACCGGCUACCUCCCAAGGAACAGAGCUGUAUUCCACACAGGAUCCUUAACUGUGCAAGCUGCCCUGAGCAGCGAUUCGGGGCCUUAUGAAUGCACAGCCAGAAACCGUCUGGGACAGGCGUCCAAGAUAACGACUCUGGUCGUUUGGUCUAGGCCAAAGUUCACCGUAAAACCACCUAGCGUGGUUACAAAAGUUCUCGGCGAAGAUUUGUCUCUAGACUGCACUUCUACGAGUCAAGCCUCAGUUUCGUGGAGACGUAUCGGAGGAGCCUGGGAGAAACAACGAAUGAAAGUUGAAAAUGGAACGCUAAAGAUCUCCUCACUCAGGAUGUCUGAUUUUGGGGAUUAA